CAGAGACUUAAACUGACUCUCCCACAUAGAAACGCCCUGAACUCAGCACAUCUAGUUAUAGCCCAGAGCUUGUUAUCUAAAGCCACCACCAAAACUUCUUCCUUAGCCUUAGCAGAAUUUGUCCCCAGCCACUAGCAGCCACCACCAGAACUUCUUCUCUGAACACUAUCAGGACAUCUACCAAAGCCACCAUCAGAACAUCUCUAACCACUAUCAGAGCAUCUCCCAAAGCCAUCUCCAGAACUUCUUCUCUGACCACUAUCAGAACAUCGGCCCAGGCCACCACCAGGACCUCUCCAGCAGCCACCAGAUCUUGUCUCCAGAGCAGGACCUUUUCUCUAUUCAUUUUAAGAAGCUCAAAGCAUUCAAGAGAACAUCUACCACUCACAGUACAUAGUGCACCAACCAGAGGACAUCUUUCCUGUACAAAGCUAUGAUCGGUUGCUGAAAUAGGACAUACGAAGCAGAAUGCAGAGCAUUAAAUGUGUGGUGGUUGGUGAUGGAGCUGUUGGAAAGACCUGCCUUCUCAUCUGUUACACAACAAAUGCAUUUCCCAAGGAGUACAUCCCAACUGUGUUUGACAACUACAGUGCCCAGAGCACCGUGGAUGGAAGAACUGUUAGCUUAAACCUCUGGGACACAGCUGGCCAGGAGGAAUAUGACCGGUUAAGGACACUCUCCUAUCCCCAGACUAAUGUCUUCAUAAUCUGCUUCUCCAUUGCUAGCCCACCAUCGUACGAGAAUGUAAAGCACAAAUGGUACCCUGAGGUGGGCCAUCACUGCCCUAACGUCCCUAUUCUCUUGGUGGGUACGAAGAAGGAUCUGAGAAACAACCCAGAUGUCAUCAAAAAACUGAAGGAGCAGAAUCAGAUGCCAAUCACUGUUCAACAAGGAGUGAGUCUAUCUAAGCAGAUCCAUGCGGUGAAAUAUAUGGAAUGCUCAGCGCUAAACCACGAAGGAAUCAAAGAGGUCUUCUCAGAAUCUGUGCGGGCUGUUCUCAACCCAAACCCAGUGAAAGAAAAAAAAUCCUGCUUUAUUUUGUGAAGUUCUUUGCUUGUCCUGAGUUAUAAGCCACAAAUAAUUGUCUUUCUAUGUCAUUACUUUUUUUCACCGCAGCACUAGUGAAAUCUGCAACCUUGUUUAAGCUGA